AUGGCGUCGCCAAACCCUGUGGACGACGAGUUCGAGUCUGUCUCCAUCGACCCAGCGCAACCGCUCAAGGGCAUCAUCGUGUGCUGCACCAGCAUCCCACCCGAUCAGCGAACUAGCAUCGCCAGCACCGUUGCCGAGCUUGGAGGCGUUCACAAGUACGACCUGACCCCCGACGUCACGCACCUUGUUGUCGGCGACUAUGACACCCCCAAGUACCGCCAUGUCGCCCGUGAACGCCCCGACAUCAAGGCCAUGGACGCCGCCUGGAUCGAGGCUCUGGCCGAGCUGUGGAAGAACGACGACGACAUCGGCUUUCGAGCCCUCGAGUCCCAGCACCAGCUGAAGCCCCUCGAGAAGCGAGGCAUCGACCCCUCCGCCCCCAAGACUGAUCAGCCCGCCGCAAGGGACUCGCUGCUCAUCUGCCUGACGGGCUUCGGCGAUCAGCGCGAUGACAUUGCACGCAAGAUCACCGAGGGCGGCGGCUUGUACACAGGGGACCUGACGAGGCGGUGCACCCAUCUCAUCGUCAGCAAGCCAGAGGGCAAGAAGUUUGCGGCCGCCAAGCUAUGGGGCAUCUACGCCGUCACGCUUGCCUGGCUGGACCAGACCAUCGCCAGAGGAAUGAUAUUGGAGGAGACCAAGUUUGAUCCCACGCUGCCCGCAGAGGAACAAGGCAAAGGCGCGUGGAUCAAAAAGGACCCGAGACGAGCCGACUGGGGCAAGCGAUCACGGUCGGCCAUGACCAAUGCAACAGAGGACGGGCCCAGGAAGCUGAGGAAGACAGCGAGCAUGAAGCUCAACUCACAACGGAACAACCUGUGGGGAGAUAUCCUCGGGAGGUCCACAUCAAGGGAAUAUUCGUUCGCCCACGAGCAGGACAAACCUCCAGUAGAGGCCCCCCAACCCCGAGCAGAGCAGCAACCUCAACCUCCACCGCAGCCCACGAUCCCGGUCCUUCAAGAGAAGCAAGGCGUCUUUGCAGGCUGCUACUUCCAUGUCCACGGCUUCACAUCGCAGCGCACCUCGGUUCUCGAGCAAACCCUCGCUACCCUCGGCGGCACUAUCUGCUCGUUCCUACAUGAAGCUGCCCUCGGCCCCUUUCCUCACACGCCUCUCGGCCGCUUCCUCAUCGUGCCCCAAACCUCGCAACCCGAAUCCCACCCCCCCGCAAACUACGACGGUCUUUACGUUGUCACCGAGUAUUACAUCGAGAAGUGCCUCCACAACAAGCACUUCUUCGAUCCCAACGAGCACGUCCUGGGCCGGCCGUUCCCGCUCUUCCCGAUCCCCGGCUUUGCCGACCUGACCGUCUGCAGCGCCGCCUUCACCGGAAUCGAACUCAACCAGGUCGCCCGCAGCCUGGCCCAAUUGGGCGCCCGCUUCGAGGAGGAGUUCCGCAAGGGCACGAGUGUGCUGGUGUGCAAGUCGCUAGCCUCCAUGCGCAAGGAGAAGCUGCGCAUGGCUCUGAAAUGGGGUGUCCCCGUCGUCUCGGCCGACUGGCUAUGGGAAUGCAUCUCGACGGGCUUCAAGGUACCGCUGGACGACUUCAUCUUCACGGAGCUCAAGAGCCGAUACGAAAUGGCCCAGCAACCACAACCGCUGGCGAAAGCAAAACCUGUCGUCGACGCCCAACCCCGAGCAGUCACCAAACCCAUCCAACGAACGCACUCCGAGCCAUUCCCCCGGGCGUCAAAACCUAACAUGCCCAAGCCGCCCGCAGGAGCAGGCGUCGACACCACCGCCUUCGACCACGACUCUCCCGACAAGCCUCGCCAGAAGCCCUCCAAUACCUACGAUCCUCUCGUCUCUGCCGACUUCGCUACCGCAGACUUCGCUACAGCCCUUACCCAUCCCGCCCCCGAGAGCUUCCCCAAAGACCGCGACUUCGAAGCCCCCCUGACCGAAGUCUCCCCCACCCGCCUCAACAAGUCACCGAUUCCCACCAAGCACACCCUCGCGCGCACCCGCUCCGAGCCCACCAAGACCACCCACCCAUCUCCUCCCACCGAGGACCCCGUCUUGGAGGCAAAGCUCAGGGAGCAGAAAGAGAAGCAGCGCGCAGAGGAGGCCAGAAAACAGGCCAAAGCUGCUGAGCGCCUGGCCCUCUCCUCGAAGCUAACCAGCCUCAUCGAGGCCACGGGUUCAACCACCACCACAACCACAACUACAUCUCACCUCACCGCAAAUGCCCCCGAAGACGAGCAACCGGCAAACGCCAUCCCGCGCCCGCGCCGCCGCCAGAUCUUCGGCCGAGCCAUCAGCAACGCCUCCAACGCCAGCAGCGACGCCGCCCGCUCCGACAGCCUGCGCGACUCCGAGGCCGCAGAGUCCCAGGCCGCGCUCCCGCAGGAACCCCCCGCCACGCAGCUCGAGUACCGUGACGAGCGAGCCCAGGAGUGCAAGGCCGCGCUGAUGAGCCGCAUGAUGGGCGGUAGCGGCGACGUGAAGCCCGUCAAGGGCAUUGAGGGUGUGGGAGUUGGGGGAGGACGCGCGAUGAGGAGGCGGUGA